ACUCACUACAUGUUUGGUGCUUUGUCUUAUUCUUUCUCAUCCACAUACUGACAUACCCAAAAACAUCCAUAACCAAACUUCAAUCUUCCCCCUUUCUAUCUCUUCUUCAUCAAUGGCGUCUGCGUUAUCACCCUCGCCUCCGACUACUUUCUCUUCACCAUCGAUUUUCUCCGACAAAAGUCUCCACCAUAGUAGCGCCACUUUUACCUACAAAUCUCAGUCUUCUCGAAAGUCUAACUCUCUUUUCUCUUCUUCCUCGUUAUUAUCCAUUUCUAAACCUUUCGAUUCCACUACCUGUUAUUGUAGCAGGAAUUCUUCUGAUUCGUAUCCUUCAUCUCCUUCGUCGUCGUCACCUUUGCAGCAGUUUCUCAUCUCUGCUGCUCGUGCGUUUGAAGAGUUUUUCAAUUCUAGGUUUAAAGCUUCGCCUAAUAGAAAGAGUGAUGUUAUGAUGACAGAGAAAAAGUUGGAUGAUGGAAUAUUAGAAGUUGAUGAUGUUGAUGGUUGGGAUUGGGAACGUUGGCUGUUGCAUUUUACCGAAGUUGAGGAGCAAGAACGUCUUAUUAAAUUACUUAAGUCUCAACUUAAACAUGCCAUUGAGAAAGAGGAUUACGAGGAUGCAGCCAGGCUCAAGGUGGCCAUUGCAGCUGCUGGGACAAAAGAUGAUGUUGGAAGCGUGAUGUCCUAUUUAAAGAAUGCCAUUGAAGAGGAGCGCUACCAGGAUGCUGUUUCUGUACGAGACAAUGCUGGUGCAGGACUUGUUGGUUGGUGGGCUGGAGUUUCUGAUGAUAGAAACAAUCCUCAUGGCUGCAUAAUCCGUAUCAGUGCGGAGCAUGGUAGAUACGUGGCAAGAAGCUACAGCCCUAGGCAGCUUGCUACAUCAACAACAGGUGUUCCCUUGUUUGAGAUAUAUGUAACAUUGAACAAGAAAGGUGAAUACAGACAGCAGGCUGUCUACUUGAAGCGAAAGGCAGUUUCUGAAUCUUUUCCAUCAGUGUUUCCCAAGUCAUCUGCUCCCCCUAGUACUAUGAAAAUGAACCCUGGAGGGGGUAAAACUGAUAUUUUCACUCCCGUUGUGGAAGAUAAUGAGGAUGAUGAAGAUAAAGAUGACCCUGAGGUAGUUGAUAGUAUUUCAGGAUUCCAGAACAUGUUACAAGAUAUGAUCCCUGGUGUAAGAGUCAAGGUCUUGAAGGUAACAGCACCGGAAAAAGUUGAUCGUGAUCUGAUAUCCAAGGUGGUUGAGCAGAUAAUAGAGGAAGAGGAUGAAGAUGAGGAUAUUGAGGCUGAGCUGGACAUUAUAGAUUCAGAGGGUACAGAUGAUGAUGUAAUUUCCGAGGAAAGUGAUGAAGAAAAGGAUGAUGGUGAAAUAGGUUCAUCUAGUGUUGACAUUGAUAAGGAAGAGCAAAGUGAAAUUGCUGUCAACGUAGUAGUUAGUGGUCUGGUACAGAACAUAUCUGGUCCGAUAACUUCUAGAGACUUGAUACGUGUUCCCGCAAAACUCAAGCCAAAGGGACGGAAAUCAUUCUCUUUCUGUAUCCAGGAUGAUAAAAGUCAGUCAGAUUCUGCUAGCAAAGGGCAGCUUUCUCCUAAAAGUAAAGCUAAUGCCAAAGGCCGACAAAGUAUGGACCUUGUAAUGUCUGACCUAAUAAGUUCUAUAAGCCGAGGAGAGAAAAUACCUCCGAAGGUUCUCAAGGAUGUUGGAGAUUUGAUUAGUCUCACCCUGAACCAAGCUCGCAAUCGCCAACCGUUAUCUGGUUCAACAACAUUUAAUCGCAUUGAUUUACCAUCAUUUCCAGAUCCUUUGAAUGGACUUUAUAUUGGAUCACAUGGACCAUACACUUCAGAAGUCAUCCAGUUGAAACGCAAAUUUGGUCAGUGGAAAGAUGAUGGUAGGACCAAAGGGCCUUCAGAUCUUCAAUUCUAUGAAUAUGUUGAGGCUGUGAAGCUUACUGGAGAUCCUUAUGUACCUGCUGGCCAGGUUGCAUUUCGUGCAAAGAUUGGCAAAAGAUAUCAACUUCCUCAUAAAGGGAUAAUUCCAGAAGAAUUUGGAGUGGUUGCUCGAUAUAAAGGACAAGGGAGGCUAGCUGAGCCAGGUUUCCAAAAUCCUAGAUGGGUCAAUGGUGAACUUGUCAUUCUAGAUGGAAAGAUUUACUGUGAUCGUACAGUACAUCAAGGCAGGACCUGUGGUAGGGUUUGUCUACUGGGCUCCAGAGUAUCAGUUUCUGGUGUUCUUCAAUCGCUUGAGGAUUGAAGAAUAAAGACUUGUGCAUGAAAGUUGGAUGUCCGUCUCUUUCCUGUGAUGAAUCAAAGCUUUAGGUAACUUACUAUCAUGCCGCCCUUCGUUUUUAAAUUGAGGAGCGCAGAGGAUUGCAUUUGUACCGGAUUAUGUCACUAGUAUGCUGACGUUCCCGACAGAUAUGUAAGCAAUUUUGGACCAUAAUGUAUCCUUUAAUGCCUCAAAUUUGCCGACUCAACGCUGCCAUUUUUUUCAUUUAGAUAAAUUCACUUUAUGUUGUAUGUAUAUAUUUAUUUCUGCUCAUAAACGUGUAUUAGUUCAGCUGUAAAUGAUAAUAAAUUUAGCACGAGCCGUGUGUUUUUGUUUAAUUCGAUGGUUCUUGAAUGCACGUUCGUUCUCAAUCUAGAUCGAGGACUUUGCACAUUGAACUUGAAAACGAUUUCUGGGAAUGUAAUGGCUUGAGACUGAACGCGAGCAAAUUGCUGUAAUUUAAUAUGGAUGCUCAUUGUAGUAGUUUGUAGAAAUUUCAAUUUAUCUGAUACUUCUAUUGAACAA